AACCAACAACUCGAAUUCAAAGCCUUCACAGUUUAUCAAAUCCCACUUCUCUCUCCUCCGUCCGAUCCCCGGCGGCUUGUUUGGCAUCUUCCAUAUCCAAUACAUAAGAUGCAAGUCGGAAGGCGAUCGGCGAUGGAGCACAACAAUACCAAAGCAAGCAAGCCUUUGAAAAUGAAAGUGAAGUUCGUCGACGAUGAAAAGGACGUCGUGAAGGCAUCAGACGCCUUGCCUCUGCCUCUGUACCUGACCAAUGCCCUGUUCUUCACUCUAUUCUUCUCCGUCGUCUACUUCUUGCUCACAAGCUGGCGUGAGAAGAUCCGCACCAACACUCCUCUCCACAUCAUCAAUCUCUCUGAGAUCGUGGCUAUUCUAGCCUUCGUAGCCUCCUUCAUCUACCUCCUCGGGUUCUUUGGUAUCGAUUUCGUCCAAUCCCUCAUUCUCCAGCCCAGCAAUGACAUCUGGGCCGACGAUGAUGACGAGGAGAUUAUUCUCAAGGAGGAUGCUAGCAAAGUUCCUUGUGGCCAGGCCCUCAAUUGCUCAAUUCCCAAAAUGGCUCCUAUUGCUUCACCUAAAGCUGCUCCUGAAGCUGCCCCAAAGGUGUUUGAGGAGAAGGCAAUGAUCGAGACCCCGCCAACAACUGAAGAAGACGAAGAGAUCAUCAAGGCAGUGGUUGCUGGAACCAUUCCUUCAUACUCACUCGAGACAAAGCUUGGCGAUUGCAAGAGGGCAGCUUCUAUUAGGCGUGAGGCUUUACAAAGAGUUACUGGCAAGUCUCUAGAGGGUUUGCCAUUGGAGGGGUUCGAUUACGAGUCCAUUUUGGGUCAAUGCUGUGAAAUGCCAGUUGGAUAUAUUACCAUUCCUGUUGGGAUUGCUGGGCCUCUUAUGCUCGAUGGAAAAGAGUUCUCAGUUCCCAUGGCCACAACUGAAGGUUGCUUGGUGGCUAGUACCAACCGUGGUUGCAAAGCUAUCAACUUGUCUGGUGGAGCUUCCAGUGUUCUUUUGAAAGAUGGAAUGACCAGAGCUCCUGUUGUCAGAUUCAACUCUGCCAAAAGAGCCGCUGAAUUGAAGUUUUUCAUGGAAGACCCCGACAACUACGAAACCAUCUCUAUGGUCUUCAACAAAUCUAGCAGAUUUGGUAGACUUCAAUCAGUUAAGUGUGCCGUUGCUGGGAAGAACCUGUACAUGAGGUUCUGCUGCAGCACUGGUGAUGCUAUGGGGAUGAAUAUGGUCUCUAAAGGCGUUCAAAACGUUCUUGAUUUCCUCCAGAAUGACUUCCCUGACAUGGAUGUCAUUGGCAUUUCUGGUAACUACUGCUCAGACAAGAAACCUGCUGCCGUGAACUGGAUCGAAGGUCGGGGUAAAUCUGUGGUUUGCGAGGCUGUUAUCAAGGGAGACAUAGUGUCGAAGGUGUUGAAAACCAACGUCGCAGCCUUGGUGGAGCUUAACAUGCUCAAGAACCUUACUGGAUCCGCUAUCGCUGGUGCUCUUGGUGGUUUCAAUGCACAUGCCAGUAACAUUGUUUCAGCUGUCUACCUCGCCACUGGUCAAGACCCGGCUCAAAAUAUUGAGAGUUCUCACUGUAUCACCAUGAUGGAAGCCAUCAAUGAUGGCAAGGAUCUUCACGUCUCUGUCACCAUGCCGUCCAUUGAGGUCGGUACAGUAGGAGGAGGGACUCAACUUGCAUCUCAAUCAGCUUGUCUGAACCUGCUUGGUGUGAAGGGUGCUAACAGAGAGGCACCGGGAACAAACGCAAGACAGUUGGCCAGCGUUGUAGCUGGUUCUGUUCUUGCCGGAGAGCUAUCUCUCAUGUCUGCAAUUGCUGCUGGACAACUCGUUAAGAGCCACAUGAAGUACAAUAGAUCUAACAAAGAUGUCACAACGGUUGCUUCCGCUUGAACUUACUACAAGACCCCAUAUUGCCUCUGAGCGUUCAAAAGCUUUGAUAGUUAAUGGUCUAUGGCUGCAAAUGAUCACGCCCCGGACUGUUGGCAAUGGCACCGAAACAUAUAGAGAUUGUAGUUACUUGUCUUAGCAAUCCGUUAGUGAUUUGUUAACUGAGGUAGCCUCUGUUUAGGCCCUUCCCUUUCUUUUGUAAACUAUUUCCUUGUAAAUUUCUUUGGAAAUUUAAUCAUAUAUCUCAUCUUUUCAAAUUAGAACUCA